AUGUCGUCUAUCUUCGCAAGGUUCAGGGACGCGCAGCUGAGUGGUUCUGGUGCUGCACUAGCUGAUGUUUUUACUGCCCUCGAUUCUCCCCCAGAGCUGCAUAGCUUCUACUCUUUCACGAACGCACUAAAUGUGGUGUCUGAUGUUCGCUAUGCCCUGCUUGAUGAUCGAGUGACGAGCAUAAAAUUCACCAAGACUGAAGCCAGUUUGUGGGUUGACAUCUUCGUUGCGUUCUGGAAGAUUGCUGCGGAGCUUGUAAAAUUCGAAAGUGAUCCUAGAAGCGCACCCUGGGGACGGAUAUUUAUUCUAUGGAAAGAGAUUGCAAAUUUAGUGAUCAAGGGGUAUUCAAACUGUGGGCUUCAGGCAUGGACUCUACCGUGCUUAUAUACCACGGGAAAAUAUCUUCGGAGACACGCCAUAAAAGCAGAUACUGAAAAUGAAACCAAUCCUGACGCCCCCGGCGGAAGUUUUGAAGAGGAUGUUAUGUCAGAUGUGCACAAAAACAAGAACUUGGAAGAGGCAUCGCGAGUGAUAAACCGAAUGUUCACGUUGUGUCUUCAUGAUAGAGCUCCUAUUGAAGAAUCUCGAAAAUGGGGUGUUUACCACACCGUGAACCUUUCUUUCAAGACGUAUUUCAAGCUCGGGACUAUAUCGUCCUGUAAAAGCUUGCUCCAUGCGAUGGAAGCUUCUCAAGCAGAUAUGCCCCCUCUGACGGCGUUUCCAAAAUCUCACAUUGUCACUUUCAAAUACUAUCUAGGUGUCAUCCAUUUCUUAGAAGAGUCUUACCCAGAGGCUGAAGAACAUCUCACCUAUGCAUGGAACUUGUGUCACACCGAAGCAGUGAAAAAUAGGGAGCUUAUACUGACAUACUUAAUACCAUGCCACCUUGUCACAGCCCAGACAUUACCGUCAAAAACAUUACUCGCGCCGUUCCCUCGACUAGAAGCAUUGUUCCGACCACUCUGUGAUUGCAUAUUGAAAGGAGACCUUGCAGGAUUUGACGCCGCUAUUGCGGCAGGUGGUAGCGCAUUUACAAAACGAAUGAUAUACCUUCCGCUUGAACGAGGCCGUGAUAUGGCAGUUCGUAAUUUGUUCAGAAGAGUCUUCCUCGCGGGUGGGUUUGACCCGCCUAUUUCUGGGCUGCCACCCAUUCGGAGAACUCGUGUGCCUGUGAAAGAAUUUGUAGCGGCGAUACGAAUAAAAAUGAGCCCAGCAGUUCCUCCACCACAGAGCGGUGACAAGCAGAAUGGCGAAGAACAUGAGGACAAGCUUACACCCAAUAAGUUAAGGGCCGAAAUUGACCAAGUUGAGUGUUACUUGUCAAAUUUGAUAUAUAAGAACUUCAUGAAAGGCUAUAUAGCACGAGAACGGGGCAUCAUCGUUCUUAGUAAAGGGGGCGUGGCAUUUCCAGGGACAGGUGUUUGA